AUGUCUAAGUUAGUGCAGCAUGAUCGAGGCUGCCUGGUCAGAAAUAGGAACAGCCGUUUGCCCACGAGUAGAUGUGUGUCACAGCGGAGCAGAGCACAGCUUGUGGUGACUGAACUCCUGCUUCAGACCAAGCCGACUGGAAACAUGGGGGCCCUGCCCCUGCGUGACAGGUUCACCACUAUGAGGCUAUGAGACCACGGCUGUGUGUGUGUGUGUUUAUGUACACAUUUCAUAUCUGUGUAUCUGUGGUUUUGUUAUAUUUGUUUUUUAUGCCCCAGUUCAUCUUUUUAUUACACUGUGGUGGGUGUGUGUGUGUGUGUGUGUGUGUGUGUGUGCGCUGUCCUGUUUGUCCUGCCUUUAAGGCGGCACUUCCUCCACUCCCCUGGAGAGGAAAUAAAAACUAUAUUCUCUGCUGAGUGAACACCUUUCAAGUGCCAACAUUUCUGGAAAAGAUCCAUGCCAGUUAGCAGACAGACAACAGCUGGGGAAUGGAUUACCAGGAAGUGAUUCAGCUCUGUCAAAACUCUACUUCAAGCUGCAUCCUUUAGUACACUGCAGCUGGAAAACUCUACUUGUAUAAUUCAUGCAUUGGACUUGGUGUGUUUAACCCCCCUUUUAAUUACAAAGUCAAAUUGAACACGUGAAACAAAUGCUUCAAAUAAGUGUUUUGUGAUUGAGUUAAGGAUAACAUGGGAACUGAGUCCAAAUAUGAAAAUGCAGUGUGGACUACACUAGGUUUUCACAGAUAGGAUACUGUCCACGCUGUGAUUUAAUUGGUAGAACUGAUGUGGCAUUCCCUCGGAGAGGGACAGAUUUAGGUUUCGUUCUCCCCAGGGUCUUGAUGUGCCCCAGGAGUUCAGUCUGGAUGUGUUGUCAGUUAUUCUUUGAUUUACCAUGUGGUUCAAGAGUUAGCACGGUGCAAGUGAAGUGUGUUUGAAGUUAGUUGUAUUUAAUGUAGCGGAACCUCCCAAUUUGAGUUCCACUGACUUUGCAGCCAGGUCAGUUACACAAGAUUGCCCUGUGCCCCAUGAAAUGAAACCCUCUCCAAAACCCUUGCCUGACUCGAGUCUUCCUCAUUUCCAUGCCGUAGUACAAACCCUAUUAGAUGUGUUUACCCCUGAGUGUGUCAGUGUGUGGCAGCUUGGAUAAUUCUCUGAGUGCUGAUAUCAUGUCCUGUUUCUCAGAACCACAGUGAAUGGCAUCUGUCGACACUCCUCACUACUAACCCAGCUAUUAGAUGCUGUUAGAGCAAAGUGCUCUGUGCUGAUCGACUGAGAUGUUACUCUCUCUUUCUCUCUCUUGCUCGCUUGUUCACUCCCUCUCUCGUUUUUUCUUUCAAUUCAAUUCAAUUUAAGGGCUUUAUUGGCAUGGGAAACGUAUGUUAACAUUGCCAAAGCAAGUGAAGUAGAUAGUAAACAAAAGUGAAAUAAACAAUAAAUAUUAACAGUAAACAUUACACUUAUAAGUUCCAAAAGAAUAAAGACAUUUCAAAUGUCAUAUUAUGUAUAUAUACAGUGUUGUAACAAUAUGCAAAUAGUUAAAGUACAAAUGGGAAAAUAAAUAAACAUAAAUAUGGGUUGUAUUUACAAUGGUGUUUGUUCUUCACUGGUUGCCCUUUUCUUGUGGCAACAGGUCACAAAUAUUGCAGCUGUGAUGGCACACUGUGGUUUUUCACCCAGUAGAUAAGGGAGUUUAUCAAAAUUGGGUUUGUUUUCGAAUUCUUUGUGGAUCGCUGUAAUCUGAGGGAAAUAUGUGUCUCUAAUAAGGUCAUACAUUUGGCAGGAGGUUAGGAAGUGCAGCUCAGUUUUCACCUCAUUUUGUGGGCAGUGUGCACAGCCUGUCUUCUCUUGAGAGCCAGGUCUGCCUACGGCAGCCUUUCUCAAUAGCAAGGCUAUGCUCACUGAGUCUUACAUAGUCAAAGCUUUCCUUAAGUUUGGGUCAGUCACAGUGGUCAGGUAUUCUGCCACUGUGUACUCUCUGUUUAGGGCCAAAUAGCAUUCUAGGCUUACUCAAUCUACCAGCAGCCAGCAGGCUAUUCACUUCUCUCUUUCUCUAUGCCCAGAGAACACUAGAAACAAAUCACAUCACAACCUCAAAGUCAAGACAGUUGUGCUCGGAUUCAAUUCUAGUGACAUGAAAAGAGAGUGAUUUAUGACUUUUUUGUGACUGUGUGUCGAGUCGGUGUGUGAUACCUAGUUACAAACAUAAAACUACACACAGGUAUUAAAGUAGGUGUCUUCUAUUGUGUUUCAGUGCUGGCCAGUUUCCGAGGGACGGUCCAGCAUGGCUUGCCAUUGGAGAUUGGGGACACGGUGCAGCUCCUGGAGAAAUGUGAAGGUAACUGAUAACCUCUACUCAUUUCACACCCACAUAAACCAUGAACCCCCCUUCAAGCUUCACAGAUAGCCACUGUGACUCACAGAUGGGCUGCGACUGCUGCUGCUGCUGGGGCUGUAGUCAACCUUUGAGGUUGGGCCAUGUUUCCUUCCCCAGUCCGUCCCUCCAGGGGUAUUGUGUUGCACAUGAAAUGUUAAUAGACAUUUGUAGUUUUUUUUCUUUUUGAUGAGAUAAACGUUUGUGGAGGCUCUCAGUUUGCUACUGUUUCCUGUGCCGCGAGAGGGAGAAGACUUCGCUUCCUGCUUCCCGCCCACAUUGAGCUCAGAGAGAGAGAGAGUGUGUGUGUGUGUGUGUGUGUGUGUGUGUUUGCUUGCCUUAGACACAAAGAGACUGAGAGCUUGUGCGUGUGUGCUUGCUUGCAUGUGUGUGUGUGUACAUGCUAAGGAGUGUGUGUGUGUGUGCUUGCUUGCCAGUGUGUGUGUCCCUGCUUGCCUGUGUAUUGCUAAGGAGUGUGUGAGCCUUAAGGCCGAGGCACUCACACUCCAGGUAACAUUUUUCAGACAGAGCAGAGCAGGCGCCCGUCACACUUUCCUGUUUCCACCCAGCUAACUUACACAGCAUUGACACAACCUUCCUCCCUUCUCAGGGCGGCAUGAUCUCACUUCCUCUUGUUGCUGAAGGACAGACAGACUGACAGAUCCAUCUGAGAUAGCUGAUGAUGCAUUCCAAACUCACUGAAGGAAAUGAUCUGACAUCUAAUAUAUACUAUGUAUGCAAAAGUAUGUGGACACCCCUUCAAAUGAAUUCGGCUAUUUCAGCCACACCCGUUGCUGACAGGUGUAUAAAAUCGAGCACACAGCCAUGCAAUCUCCAUAGACAAACACAAGCCUAAGAUCACCAUGCGCAUUGCCAAGCGUCGGCUGGAGGGGUGUAAAGCUCGCCGCCAUUGGACUCUGGAGCAGUGGAAACGCAUUCUCUGGAGUGAUUAAUCACGCUUCGCCAUCUGGCAGUCCGACGAAUGAAUCUGGGUUUGGCGGAUGCCUGGAGAAUGCUACCUGCCCCAAUGCAUAGUGCCAACUGUAAGGUUUGGUGGAGGAGGAAUAAUGGUCUGGGGCUGUUUUUCAUGGUUCGGGCUAGGCCCCUUAGUUCCAGUGAAGGGAAAUCUUAACCCUGCCGCAUACAAUGACAUUCUAGACGAUUCUGUGCUUCCAACUUUGUGGCAACAGUUUGGGGAAGGCCCUUUCCUGUUUCAGCAUGACAAUGCCCUCGUGCACAAAGCGAGGUCCAUACAGAAAUGUUUUGUUGAUCGGUGUGGAAGAACUUACCUGGCCUGCACAGAGCCCUGACCUCAACCCCAUCGAACACCUUUGGGAUGAAUUGGAACGCCGACUGCGAGCCAGGCCUAAUCACCCAACAUCAGUGCCCAACCUCACUAAUGCGUUUGUGGCUUAAUGGAAGCAAGUCCCCGCAGCAAUGUUUCAACAUCUAGUGGAAAGCCUUCCCAGAAGAGUGGAGGCUGUUAUAGCAGCAAAGGGGGGGACAAACUCCAUAUUAAUGCCCAUGAUUUUGGAAUGAGAUGUUCGACGAGCAGAUGUCCACAUACUUUUGGUCAUAUAGUGUAUGUGGUUGGUUUGGAUGGAGGGAAGAAAUAAAAUCUGUACCAGUUUCCACAACCCAAAGGCAAGACAGGGUGUUGACAAGAAGGUCUAUCUAUUCUGUACUAGAGAGGAGAGAAGUUACUAAAAAAGGGCUUCUGCCAUUGCUGGUACUGUGUCAUCAAGUUGCUACUGUAGUGUGAUCACUCAAAUGAAGUGUGAUCGGUAACAUACGACCGCUUCUUCUCUGACACUCUGGCCAAGCAAAAACUAGGAAGACUUCUAAAAGCAGAGGUCCUUCAGUAGGCAAUACCACAGUGAGACUCAUUCUCACCUUGUCUCUAUCACUCAUACCUCUUUAGCACUGUCACAGACAGGUGCUGGACCGAGUAGCACAUUAUGACCUUAGGUUACUAGUACUACUUACACCCCCUGGUGCUACUGACACCCCCUGGCUCACCAGCCUGGCCGGUGGCCACAACAAAUACUGGGUGCUCAGUGCCAUGUAACACCGUGCCUGGUAGGCUGCAGUAAACAGUGCAGUGACAGAUACAGCCUCCCGUGAUAAAGUGUUCCAGCUGGGUGUUUGUUUUACAGCUCGACAGCUCUACGACUGGUGUGGUCGGAGCUGAAGUGGCGAUGCUUCAGUAACCCGGGCUGCAUCCCAUAGGGCUCUGUUCAAAAUUAGUGCACUAUACAGGGAGUAGGGUGCCAUUUGAGACACAGCCCCAGUCAUUUGUUUGGCAGUGAGAGGCAGCCAUUACUUAACCAGACAGCUCUUUCUCUCCUCUCCUACUCUCCACUCCCAUAUCAGAUGCUGUAGUGAUGGAAUGAAAUUGAUUAUUUGGUGGUUGACAUUUUAACUGAGAGCGCAGAAGAGCCAAUCUUCAGAAUCAUAAUAGGAAUGCUAUCUAUUAAUUCAGUAGACACACACACACACACAGACUCUUCGAUAGAAGGAAAGAUAGUGGGUCUGAAAGUCACGGUGACAUGAUGAAAAUGUUUUUUUUUUUGUCUCCUCAGGCUGGUACAGGGGGUUCGUCCAUAAGAAUCCAAAUGUCAAGGUGGGUGAGAGACUAUUUUGUGUGAAUUGAAGCUGUCAGUGCAGCUGCUAUUUUCAGUUUCAGAAAUAUCAGGUCUCUGCUUUGAUCUGAGGGCUGUGCAGCAAGCAGGUCAAUAGGGAGAGGCUCAUAGUUUAAUAAUGUCAAGUUGACACACGCACACACACGCUCACACACACACAAGUACAUUUAUUUGUAUUGAUUAUAUGCAUCAUUUACACUCGCUAACAUAAUGUGUUAAUGGUAGUACUGUUGAAUGAUACAGUUAGAAUGACAUUCAACAUUCAUUAGUUUGUUUAUUCUCUCCCCCCAGGGUAUUUUCCCAUGCAGUUACAUUCACUUGAAGAAUGCCCAUAUCAAGAACAAAGGGUAAGUAAUGAGUGUAUUGUGUGUGUGUGGGUGGGUGUGUGUGUGUCUGUUUCAGUGUGUGUGUGCGUGUGUGUGUGUGUCUGUUUGUGUUUCCCUGUGUCUUUCUCUGAGAAGGCAAACAGCCUUAUUAGAUCAGCCAGUCUGGAAGGUGAGGGAGGUUUAUGUCAUUUCUGUAGAAAGGAAACGUUAGAUAAACAGAUUAACGUCAUAAUAACAGAACAGAGGUUAAGUGCUUCUUCUACCAGCCUCUCAUAAUGAUACUGCAUUGUUAUCUGUGUGUGUGUGUGUGUGUGUGUGUGUGUGUGUGUGUGUGUGUGAUAGUGUAUUUUAACCCAUGUUCGGUAGGUAUACUGUAGUAAUUUGAUGUCCCUCUCUCUUUCUCUGACACACAGGCAGUUUGAGACUGUCAUCCCCACAGAGGACUCUGUUAUCACUGAGAUGACAUCCACCCUGAGAGACUGGGGGGCCAUGUGGAAACGGCUCUACGUGGUAAAGAGUGUUCAACACACACAUGUAGGAAUGCAUGCAGGAAUACGCACAGACAUGCAUGAAUUUACACAUACACACGCACACAUGCAUGCACACACACACACACGCAUGUACGUGCAUGUUCCCAUGUGUACACCACACCUCCUGCAGAGUGGAGAAUAGACCUGAAUAUUAACCAUUGCAGACAGGGAAUACCUUUCAACUAGUGGGCAAUACAUUUUGCCUCAGCUGUUUUCCCUGCAGCAAACAGUGGAAGCUUUUUUCUGCAUAUUAACAUUGCUUGUGUUUGUGUCCCUAAUAAAUUACCUGUGCUUGUUAGACAGAAAGUCUGAAUUUGUGAUGCAUUAUUUGUUAUGGAAGGCUGACUGUCUGGCCCCAUUUUCUUUACUCUGAUAUGUCUCUCUGUCUCUCGCUCUCUCUCUCUCUGUAGAAGAAUGAGGGGGAUCUGUUCCAUCGGUUGUGGCACGUGAUGAAUGAGAUCCUGGACCUGAGGAGACAGGUUCUGGUUGGUCACCUCACCAACGACCGCAUGAAAGACGUCAAACAGCACAUCACUGCCAGGUUGGACUGGGGAAACGAGUGAGUAGUGGCGAGAGAGAAACAUUCCUGCAUCCCAGUCCCCAGUCCCUGUCUUUGAAUGUCACACUCCCUCCCCAGGCACAUGCUGUGCUCAAUCAGUUCCGUUCUCCUUCAAACAGACACACCACACAUUCAAACAGACACAUACACACACACACACUUUUCAUUUUCUAUCAAACAGACACACACACAAACACUUUCCACUGCGUGUCUAUCUCCCGGGCAGAAGGGAUAAAACGACACCCGUCAGUCCCUUGUUGUUGGGUGUGGACAGACGACAGACGGCUCCCCCUGCCUCUCCUAGUCUUAUACCAUCCCAUGCUUUGAAAGACUGAUCUAUCCCUGGGAGAUUGGAGAGUGUGUGUGGGUACCCCUCUACUCCUCUAUGUCCCUGUGAGACAUAGCAGACUUGCAGUUUUGUCAAGUGUGUCCUGUCUAAAUGGUUUGAUGCACUGACAGUGCUGUGUGUGUGUGUGUGUGUGUGUGUGUGUGUGUGUGUUCCAGACAGCUGAGUUUGGACCUGGUACCUCGCAGGGAGUUCAGCAUGGUGGACCCAGACGAGAUCAGUGUCACAGAACUCUUCAAACUGGUGAGUUAUAUUCCCAAAACCAGGAACACUGUUCUCUUGUUACUGUUUAUUCCCCACUCACUAUCCUCAUCAAUCCACUGUCCACUAUACCUUUCUCUAGCAUUAGCCACAUAG